AUUUUGAAUUUCAAAAACACUAAUAAUUAAAAUACUCACCAAUUUAUUAAUCAAUUCAUUUCUCUUUCAAAAAUGCCCCAAAACCCUAGAAAUUGUUGCUUCUCUAUAUAUUAAUCGUCCAAUUUUUCUUCACAAAAAUUCCUGAUAUUUAUCGAUUUUCUUCAAAUUUUGGAUGAAUUUUGAUUUCUGAAGUGAGGUUGUAAGUUUUAAGAAUGAUCCUUGUUAUUAGGGCUUUUUGUGUUGCUGAUUUUGGUUAUUCAAGUGAAAAUUAUGGCAAUCUGUUGUUUAUGUAUUUUAGCUUUUCCGGCGAAGAGUAUUGAAAAAUCGUGUACAAAAUGAACGGAUCUGAAUCUGGAAGACUCUUCGAGUCAUCGAUGACUCCAGUAACGUCUCAGCCGCCGGUGAACAACGUCCGCGUGGGAUACACUCCCGGCGUUACUAGUUCUUACAGCGAUGUAAUGUUUAGCGGCGGUGGAGGCGGCGGUGGUGGUAGUGGGGGUGCAAGCUUCCAUCAUAACAUUAACAUUAACGAGCACGGCGGUGGUGAGUCGAUGAUGAAAAAGAGGGGGAGGCCGGCGAAGUACCAUCCUGAAGGCUCUAUGUCACCGUCGCCCGUUACUGCAGCCAGGCCAGCAAAGUUAACACCUGUCGGUGUCACGGUCAGCGCUUCGUUGAACGGCUCUUUUGAACAGCAGCAACCACAAUCAGCUCCUCCUAUUUCCGCCGUUCCUCCUCCUAUCUCCGCCGCUCCUGUUAGUUCUAUUCCUCUGGAUGAAGGAUUUCCAUCACAAAAAAAGGUCAGAGGUAGACCUCGUGGUUCAUCGAACAGGAAAAAGGCAAGGGAAUCUCUAGGAUCACCUGGAUUCGGUUUUACUCCACAUAUCAUUGUGGUGCAGCCUGGAGAGGAUGUGCUAAACAAGAUCAUGUCAUUUUCUCAAAAUGGACCAAGGGCUGUCUGCAUCAUGUCUGGCAUUGGUGUCAUAUCAAAUGUCACACUUCGUCAAGCUGCGACUUCUGGUGGAACUGCAACUUAUGAGGGGCGAUUUGACAUAUUAGCCCUUUCGGGUUCAUUUGUCCUCUCAGAAAUAUACGGUCAACGCACAAGAACAGGCGGUCUAAGCAUCACAUUAUCCGGACCCGAUGGUCGUGUUUUUGGCGGUGUUGUAGCCGGACUUUUAAUUGCCACAUCUCCUGUUCAGGUUAUAGUUGGAAGUUUUCUUCCUGAAACCUCUAAAGAACAUACCCCGGCUAACCAUGGUGAACCGUUGAACCCAAAAGUCAUGGCGGCUCACCAACCGAACCAUGGACCCGGACCCGGACCCGCACCCGCUAGCUCACCGUCUCAUGGGACCAUGAGUGAGUCAUCGGGUGGGGCCGGGAGUCCAAUGAACAAUAGUAGCCCUCAAGGCAUGGCUAGUAUGCCAUGGAAGUAGUGGUGUUAGUUGAGGGUAUAAUUGUAAUUUUAGUUUAGCAUUUUGUGUAACUUUUUUUAGUCUUGAGUUACCAGCAAGCAAUGUCUUGAAUUUUUUUGCUGGAGAGAUGUUUUUUUUUUCCGGGGUCAAAUCCGAUGCUAAUGUAUAGGUAUUUAAGCAUGA